CCAAUUCUCUCUAUUAGCGUAUACGUAUGAAAGGAGAGGAGAGAACACACAAAUAAAAACCCUAUUUCUAACCAACCCUAAUCUUCAUCAUCAUCAUCCCCUUGUUUUAGCGUCUCUAAGAAACUUGCUUUCGAGUCCAAAGCUCUGCUUUGGAGCUUAUAAUUUUGUGUAAAGUAAAAAAAGGUAUGACGUCGAACAAAAGCAACAACGAUGACUUGUAUGCUGUUCUUGGUCUGAACAAGGAAUGUACCACCACCGAAGUACGUACUGCUUAUAAGAAGCUUGCUCUUAGAUGGCAUCCAGAUCGUUGUUCAUCGAUGGGGAACUUGGAGUUUGAAGAAGAGGCAAAGAAGAAAUUUCAGGCUAUCCAAGAAGCCUACUCUGUUCUGUCUGACUCCAACAAGAGGUUCCUCUAUGAUGUUGGAGCUUAUAAUAGUGAUGAUGAUGAAGCUGACCAAAACGGAAUGGGUGAUUUCUUGAGCGAGAUGGCUGCCAUGAUGAAUCAAUCCAAGCCUAAUGAGAAUAAUAAUUCAGGGGACAGUUUCGAACAGCUGCAGGAUCUGUUUAACGAGAUGUUUCAAGGAGACCCUACAGCAUUCCCAUCCUCAUCUUCAACUUUCACUUCUUCUUGUAGCUUUGUCUUUGACACUAACGGUCAGCAGUCACAGUUUGGGAGAAGCGAUCCUUUCGGAUUUGACUCAAGAUCUCACACUUUCUCUCUAGGGGUGGAACAUCAGCAGGAUUUCAAGAAAGGGAAGAACAAUGGUGGUGGAAGAAGAAACAGACGGAAGACUCAAUCGUCUAACAACUAUGGAGUCUCCUCCACUUCAUAGGCCCUUUUUUCAGAACCGUAUUUUUUUGAUUUGUCGACUAGUCACACACACACAAGAGGACUACUGGUUCUGUCUGGUAUUUCUCAACGGCGAUGCCCAUCACAAAAAUACUCAAAAGCAUUGUCGUUUGUAAACUACACAUUUUCUCGAAGCUUCUUUUUUUUCCUCUCUCUAAUUGUUGUCUCCUGAGCAGAAGAGUCGUCGUUAAGAUCAUUGAGAUCGAUGAAGUCAACUGGUUUAUGAUGAUCGAAUACACAUCUCUUGAUUCUUUCAGCAUUUAAUUAAUACAAAUACAUUUUUUUGCUUGGUUCAUUCUAGUUGAACCAAACAUCAGAGUGAUGGAUGUCAAACAUUUAUCUGAAUCUUUUAAAUGACUUUUGCU